AUGACAAGCCUCUCAGUGCGAAACGUUACAUGCGAUUAUUAUUUGGAAAAACCAAAUGGUUUUAACAAAAUUCAUCUUCGUACCAAUGUUAAAGUACCAAUCAUACGAAUGUUUGGUAUCUUACAGACGGGUCAAAAAUGUUGUGUACAUGUUCAUGGUGUAUUUCCAUAUAUAGUAAUCCAAACUGCUGUACAAUUUACACCUGAAUUUGCUUCAUUGUUGCGAAACAGAAUUAGUUCAAUCGUUUCGGAUUACAAUCCACGGCUUAAAUUCAAUGUUAAUUUUGCAAUACAUGAGAUCAAGUCAAUAACUGCUAGAUCACUGUAUGGUUAUCACAAAAACAACGAAAAUUUUGUACAGAUUCUUUGCUAUAAUCCACUUCAACUUAGAAUUAUAGCAGAUGCUCUACAAAAAGAAGCAAGAAAAAAUUCAAUAUUUCAAGUGUAUGAGGCGCAUAUACCUUAUAUUCUACAGUUUUUCAUAGAUCAUUCCAUAUUUGGCAUGGAUAUGGUCAAUUUCAGUUCAGUUAAAUUCCGUGUAUCUCCGCAGCGGAAUUUUAACGACUUUUAUUAUCAAGAUCUGAAAGUCGAGAACAUCGUUAAAAACAUUGAACUUGUGUCGCCACUGUUACCUUCAACUACUACAGCUGUAGAAUGUGAUGUUUUUGCUGCAGAUAUCACUAAUGCUUCCUUCUAUUCUGCUUCAAAAAUAUCUAACAACCCAGGAUUGAAUUAUAUAUGGCAAGAUGAGCAGCGGCGUUGUAAAAAGAAGGGUGAAGAAUUAAUUAGCGAAUCAUCACAAGAAGAACGACUAUCAUCGAACACCGAAAAAGAAACGGAUUAUUUGAGCCGCUUGCAUACUUUCUUCAACGGAAAUGCUUCUACUUUUUCCUUUAGCGCCACACAAAGCGUUGCUUUUCGUAUUCCAAAAGAUAUUAGAAAAAUUGAAACAAAUGAUCCAGUUGUACAUGACUUUGAAGUAACAGGAACAAAUAUGUUUGACGAAGAACUAUUUCUGGAUGAUGAGGAUGAAAUGAAAGAAUUAAUGGAAGAUAAUGAACAGGAGUUUCAAGAGGAGAUCGAUUUGAGAGAAGAAGUUGGAGCAAUUUGUGAGACAGUAAGGUCUACUGAUGUUAAAGAACUUCGAUCUAGAUUACAGCAGUUGGAUCCAGAUUUUCUUGAAGGCAUUUCUGAUGAAAGCGAUGAUGACGAUAAUGAUAUCGAGGAUGAGAUGACUUCGGAUACAUCUGGUAUCGAAAAUAUGCUUCAAAUUGGAAAAUCUCCCGACAAAAGUAGUCAGCAGUCAAAUAAUAGCAACGAUUUGUUUGAAAGUCAACCGAAAAAUAUCAGAACCGCAAUUGCUUCAUCGAUUGGUUCGGACCACUUAGAUAGAAGUUUGCGAGAUUCCGGUGCAUCAUCCCAAUAUUCACUUUUUUCACUUUCAUCGAAAGCCUCUUCACAAAUAUCUGCUUCAAAUGAAACCUCUACUAGCUGCGGAAGAAAUCAGCUUUCUGAACAAGACGAUGAUUGGGUUGAAAAUAAGGAGGUAAUCAACUGUGCACAAUGUUAUGAAGUGGAUAUUGAGAGUGCCUGGAUUCCGAAAGGCCAACAAAAUAGUUUAAAGGUAGAAUGUGCAAAAAGUGAACAAUGGUUACGCCCUUCUAAGCGCUUAUCUCUACGAAAAAAGACCAAUCAAAUAUGCGAUACUGAACAACUCUACACUACAGAAUAUGGUGAACCUAUUGGAAAUGGGUGUGAACUGAAAAAUGAAACAAUAGUUGACCAGUUUUCCACAGAAUCGUUCACUGAAAAACCCAGUUUUAUCAAUUAUAAAAAUACAAAAGAAAAGCUGGAAGAAACUUUAAUUGAGUCUUCGGUAACUCCGUGGAUCAGUGAAGUAGAACAAACAGAUAUUCAUCAUUUAUGCGUAAUGUCUAUGGAGAUUCUUACACUAUCAUCUCGUGGAAUGCCGGUACCUGAUCCACAGCAUGAUAAGAUUUUGGGAAUAUUUUAUACAAUUUCAAUGGAUGUUUGUAUGCAUGAAGAAAUAAAUAAUGUGAGCGGUGUUUUGUUGAAUAUGGAUGAUGUGUUGCUAGCUGAUAUGGUUGGCAAAAAUGAGUUUUAUACUUUUGUUGCUUCUGAAAUUGAUCUGUUUGAUGCUUUCGUCAAUGUUAUUCACAGGUACGACCCCGAUAUAGUUAUUGGAUACAACACUCAGCGAUAUUCUUGGGGUUAUCUCACUGAAAGAUCUCUUGUCAUUGGGCGAAAUCUUCUAUCGGAAAUUUCACGCGCUCCUAUUGAAAUCAAUGAUUAUUAUCGUCCUGGGUUACAGAAAAAAAACUGGUGGGUGAGAGAAUUAGAUCCAACUCCAAGAGGUAGAAUACUCAUAAAUGUGUGGCGUAUUCUUCGACAUGAAGUUGCACUGAGGAAUUAUACUAUUUCAAAUGUCGUUAAUAGUGUUUUGAAGCGAAGAUUUCCUCAUUACAGCUUCUCAACUCUCUCAGAAUGGAUUUUAUCGGGCGAAAGAGAUUUGAUUGCCCUGGUUCUAAAACAUAUGAAGCUGUAUUGUCAGUUAAAUCUUUUGAUUCUUUUACGAUUGGAUUUUUUCACGAGAACAUCAGAAAUGGCACGUCUUUAUGGCAUACAGUUCAAUGAAGUUUUGACACGUGGUUCGCAAUUUCGUGUUGAAUCAAUGCUUUUACGUCUCGCACGUCGAGAAAGAUAUGUUGCUCCCAGUAUUUCCCCUGUUCAAAGACAAGCAAUGUGCUCACCAGAAACAUUACCAUUAACCAUGGAACCGGAAUCAGGUUUUUAUCGUGAUCCGGUUAUUGUACUGGAUUUUCAGUCGCUUUAUCCAUCCGUUAUUAUCGCUUACAAUUAUUGCUUUACCACAUGCUUUGGAAAAGUAUCGCAUGUUGAAAAUAUUUGUACAGCAGAUAAAAUAAUCGAAUUUGGUGGUUUGGAAUAUAAUUGUCCGAUAGAUGAUAUUGUUUCGAUGCUUACCACCAACAAAUUGCAUGUAUCCCCAACAGGAGCAAUUUUUUGUCGAAAAAAUGUUCAGAAAGGUUUAAUGCCAGUGAUGCUUGAAGAAAUUUUGAAUACGAGAGUGAUGGUGAAAAAAGCAGCAAAGGAAUGCAAAAACGACAGACGACUGGCUCGUAUAUUGGAGGCACGACAAAUGGCGUUGAAAUUGAUUGCAAAUGUAACAUAUGGUUAUUCAGCAGCAAAUUUUAGUGGUCGUAUGCCAUGUGUUGAGGUGGCUGAUGCUAUUGUAGGCAAGGGGCGUGAAACUCUAGAGAGAGCUAUGAAACUGGUUGGCAGUGGAGCUUAUGGAAAUUCACGAGUGAUUUAUGGUGAUACUGAUAGCAUGUUUGUAGUUUGUCCAGGAGCAACCCGAGCUGAAGCCUUCGAUAUUGGCAAAAAGAUUGCUGAUGAUGUGACUAGAGCAAAUCCAAGUCCAAUAAAGCUAAAAUUAGAAAAAAUUAUGCAUCCCCUUAUUUUGGAAUCGAAAAAACGAUACGUAGGAAUGAGCUAUGAAAGUAUUGAUGAUGUGGAAGGUGUCUUCGAUGCAAAAGGUAUUGAAACAGUUCGGAGAGAUACAUGUCCGCUUGUUUCAAAGAUUUUGGAAAAAACUCUGCGUUUGCUUUUCAUUAAUGAUAUGAAUCGAAUGGUACGCUAUUUGGAUAUUCAACUUUCUAAUCUUUCGCAGCUCCCAUUAUCUGAUUUUAUCUUCAGUCGCGAAUAUCGCAAAUCAUACGCAGAAUCUGCGAUUGUGGCAUCAAAAAUGAUAGCCGAGAAAAGGAAAGCCAUAUGUCGACGUUAUGAACCAGAAGUUGGUGAACGAGUCCCAUAUGUAAUCGUUUCCGGUGAACCAAAGAGCACUUUGAUCUCAUGCGUUCGUGAACCUGACGAAUUCAUUUUUGAUCGUCGUUUAAAAAUCAAUUUCGAAUAUUACAUAAGACGUCAACUACUGCCUUCAUUGCAUCGAGCUCUUAACUUCGUCCCGCUAAAAAUCGAAUGGCAUUGUCCUGUAACUGUUGGUUGCUACAAUUGUGGAGCACUUGGUACACGAUUAUGGUGCAAAGAUUGCAUCGUUGAUCCUAAAGCUUUUCUACUUGCUGUAUGUGAUUAUUACUGGGAAAGACGCCUUCUUGCUCAGCUCAAUGAUAAAUGCCGUAAAUGUUUAUUAUUACGAUCAGUCAACAUUGAUUAUAAUAAAUGCAUCAAUAUGGCAUGCAUUAUCAAGCAAAAACGAAUCUUUUUAAAUCGUUCAGUGGCUGAGCUCGCAGUACGAAGUCAUUUUUUAACAGGCGACAAAUCUCUCUAG